CUCCAUUUGUCCAGUCUGUUGAUAAAACUUGGAUCGCAGCCGUUGAUAUUUCAAUUUUCAAAAACAUGACAGCCGUCAGAUCUAGGGCUUCCGUUCAAAGGCUCUCGCCUCUCCGCAGAAGCUAAUAUUCUGCCCUUGCUGCCGCUUCCGCCCACUUCUGUUGUGUGUCGCAGCCGAGAGAGGGAGGAAGAAGAGAAAAGGUAGAAGAAUCGAAAAUGGUGCAGCGUCUCACUUACCGCAAGCGCCACAGCUAUGCGACCAAGUCCAACCAGCACCGAAUCGUCAAAACCCCAGGUGGAAAGCUUGUGUACCAGACCACCAAGAAGAGAGCCAGUGGACCCAAGUGCCCCGUUACUGGGAAGAGGAUCCAAGGGAUCCCACACCUGAGGCCUGCUGAAUACAAGAGAUCUCGGCUACCAAGGAACAGAAGGACCGUGAACAGAGCAUAUGGUGGUGUUUUAUCGGGAGGUGCUGUAAGGGAAAGGAUCAUAAGGGCAUUCUUGGUUGAAGAGCAAAAGAUUGUCAAGAAGGUGUUGAAGAUUCAGAAGGCAAAGGAGAAGCAGUCUUCAAAGGCCUAGAUCAGCUCCAUCCAAUGACAUGAAUGUUUUCGUUAUUUGCUUGUGGUUUUUAUCCUAAUCAAAUUUUGAGUAAACA